UAUGAUAAUAUUGUUGAAUCGCUUGAGGAAUACAAAAAAUCACCCGGUUUUGGUUGUAUCCUAGCCCACAGUAUGGGUUUAGGAAAAACUAUACAGGUAAUCACAUUUGUGGAGGUUUUCCUGCGGGUCACGGAGGCCAAAAAAGUCCUUAUCAUUGUGCCUGUCAAUACAAUCCAGAAUUGGUACAACGAGUUCGAAAAAUGGAUGCCUAGGUACACAGACAGCGGCGAGACAGCUCGCCAAUUUGAAGUAUUCCUUUUGGGCGAUUCGGUAAAGUCAUUCGAUCAGCGAGUGAAUAUGAUAGAGGAUUGGUCCCGCAAAGGCGGUGUACUGCUGAUUGGCUAUGAAAUGUUUCGCCUGUUGAUUCGAGCUACUCAGCCUAAAAAACCUACAAAAGCGAAAGGAAAUUCGUUUCAGACCCCUCGCCCUAAACCCGAGCCAAAACUGGAGUUUGAUGAAGGAUUCACGGCAGAUGGUCGAAUCAAGAAGGAAGCCAACGAUAUCAUAAAAAGUUCUCUCGUUGAUCCUGGACCUGACCUUGUUGUAUGUGAUGAAGGGCAUAAAAUCAAGAACCUGAAUACGGACAUAGCCAACGCCUUGGGUGCUAUCAAAACGAGGUAUGUUGAUACGGUUUUAGUUUAUUGCUUGGUACUGGACUUGCAAUCUUAA